AUGAUCCGGCCAUAAAUGAAGCAGUGCGAAACGUUCAGAAUGAUUCGUUCAGCAGUCCUAAUCAUUGGUGCUUUCGCUGCACUGCAAACGACUGUCGAAUCUCGUAUUGUCAACGGAAAGGUAGUUGAGAUCCGGGACUAUCCACACCAGGUAGCCUUGUUGGAACCAGCUGACCCGGAGGAUGGUCAAUUCUGUGGUGGCUCCAUAGUCGCGGCACGUUGGGUCCUGACGGCUGGCCACUGCGUUUGGUCGCUCCUAGUCUCACAGGUCGCUAUCCGAGCGGGAUCGUCAUACCACGCCCGUGGAGGUCAGCUAAUCGCCGUGACACGGAAGGUCAUCCAUCCCGACUACAACAACGUGACAUUCGACAGGGAUUACGCCCUGUUGAAUUUGGCAAAACCGUUGACCUUGAAUGACAACGUGGCCAUCGCUAACCUUGUGGGCGCUGAUGAUUUUUUUCAGCCAGGAACCGUUUGUACUGUCAGUGGAUGGGGCAUGACGUUGUACAACGGGCCGGCGCACCAGCUACGGGCCGUCGAUGUACCGAUUGCCGACCACGAUCGGUGUCGUAGGAAUUACGAUUCGAAACAUGUUAUUACAAGUUUUAUGCUUUGCGCAGGAUAUGACGCAGGUGGGAAGGAUGCUUGUUUGGGUGAUUCUGGUGGUCCGUUGACCUGUUCCGGGAAGGUGGCCGGAAUUGUCUCCGUCGGAUGGGGAUGUGCCGCUAGAGAUUUGUACGGAAUUUAUGCUGACAUAGCGCAAGCACGUGACUGGAUUCAAUCCCAGAUUAAUACAUGAGAAUAAAGUCUGAUAAUUACAACAAAA